CCUGCAGAUUCUUUUAUGACAAUCAUUGAGGGGCUGAGGGUCGCUAGCUCAAGUGCCACUAACCAGACGGGAAAUACAGCCACUGCUAUUACUUAGUCGGGCAGGUGGGCUGGAUGCCCUCUCGGUGGCACCGAUACUACUAUACAGCAUACAGCAUAUGUUACUACCACUACUAUCAUACUAGAUAUGUAUGUUGUCGUCAAAACAUCUCCCCGCGCCAAUAAUGGAAGGUGCUACAUGGACCUUUCAUUAAUACUUACAUACUAUUUCUGAUUGUCUGGACCACCUGGUGGUAAUGGUGGUGAUUCUAGCCAACAGGCUCUAUUCUUGACCCGCAGAAAGGUAGUAUCUGUCUCUGAAGGCCCCUUACUUAGGUGUUCUUAGCCUGCGAUCAGAUGAAGAAAUGUCUCUCCGUUUCUCUCCUAUUCUCUUGACCACCGGAGCCUUUUUCUUAGUCUGCGAUGGAGGCAACUUUCCUUGAUGCACAUCCCCCCAUUUGGGUGUCAGAUACCCGAUUUGUUCGUGGGGGGCCAAGGUCAGCAGGGUCCAAACUUCAAGGGCGAACGGAUGUCGAAACUUAUCAAACCACAUAAUGUUUCUGGAGCUGAUCAAGAAGGAGGAGGAGCGGCAGCAGCAACAACGACAACAAUAACAGCGGCAGGCCAGGCCGAGUCGGACGCCGCCUCUCGUACCCCCAAGUGCUUUAAACAAGCAACUAUAGGAUGCAAGUCAAGUAACUCUCAAGCCGUCUGACGGUCAUUGCUCUGCCGAGCAUGUCCAUCAUUGGCAUCUCAGAGAGCAAGGUAAUCAUCUGCAGCGCUACUCCUACCUGGCGACCACUCGGGGGUGUACUAUUGCAACAAACACUCCUGCUUUAUGCGGACGGGCUAGCGACGUCCUCCGGCUUGUCACGACUGAAC